AUGAGGACAGCUGCAGAUAGAGAACAGACGCCUGAUUGCAAGGCCCGAGGUACAAGCACACCAGCUAUGCGGACACUGGGGGAGAUUUACACGGGUGAGAGCUGCGGCCCCGCCCCCCCCCGCCCCCCUCGGCCGGAGGGGGUAAUCCCGGCUACAUGGAGGCUGCACGCCCUGGGGUGGACGCAACCACCCGGGGUGCUCGCUGACCUCCUGCACAGGCACUGGCUGCCAAACUGCGGCCCGCCAGCUAUCUACACUCAAAAUUCAGGGCUGAUUGUUGCCUACGCUACAGGAUCAACGCACACCCUGAACUUAACGGCCUACAACAGCCCUGCCUUGCCAUCAGAAGCUGUCCUGUGGAUACAACACCCACGGAUGAAGUGGGGCCCCGGAGGCGAUGCACGUGGGUGGGGGAGCCAGGCGGGAUGCCGCUGCGGUGUCCUUGGGGCCCACUGGCCGGAUGCCGCGACCCUUGGACUGUGCCCUGCGGAGACCGAAGUGCCGUCACCUGUGGGUUUGAGGAGGACCUGCAGGCAACUGUCCCCGACGCUGUGAGCCCUCGUGGAGUGGAACGCGGCGGACCGGUGGCUGUGGGGAGGCUGGCGCCCGCCCAGAGUGGCCGGAGAAGGGUGAGACACAGGACGGCCUUCACCCUGACCAUCUGGGGCCCCAGUGGUGCAGUGGGGGUGCAGGGGAUUACUGACUGGCACACGGACUUUGGGUGGUGGGUCCUGUGGACUGGUGGGUCCCUGAGUGCCCGCUGUGCUGCGGAUCUCCCGGAUGGAGGCUUGGCGCGGCCUGAGGGGACGCUGCGGAGGCCUGGCGCCCCUGGGAUCAGCCGCGGAUGCAUCUGCAGUCGGUUCCCCCCGCUCGGAGGGGUCGUAUCCGUGGUCCCUCAAUGCCUGUGGACUGAGUUGAUACACGCUGUUAAUGACAGGCAGCAGUAAAUGUUUUAUUUUAUUUUUAUUUUUUUUAUUUUUUUAUUUUUAUUUUUUCCCGUUUAUUCACCAUAUAAAGCCGUACAUUAUGCAGCAUCAUGUCUUAUCUACGUUAUGCUCCUGUCUUAUGCUUGAUGAUCCUUGAGGACUGAAAAGCAUCAGUAAUAUGUUCAUGCUAUAAUGCUGCCUGCUUAAUAUAUUUUUCUAGUCUUUCAUACACUGCCCAUGCAGCAGUGUCCAUAUGAGCUUCAGUUUAAGGUCACAAAUUCUUAGAUAAUCUUAUAUUUGUAGCACACGCAGACAAAACAUAC